AUGGUCAGUGGGAAAGUACUGGUCAUAGCUGGUUCAGACAGCUCCGGUGGAGCGGGUCUAGAGGCUGAUCAGAAAGUCAUUGCUGCUCAUGGCUGCUAUGCGAUGACGGCCACAACGGCCUUGACGGCACAGAACACAACGGGUGUGUUUGACAUCCAUCAAGUGCCGCCGGAGUUUCUGAAGAAGCAGAUCGAUGCGUGCUUUGACGAUAUAGGUGUGGACGUGCUUAAGACGGGCAUGCUGGCAUCGGCGUCGACAAUAGCAUUAGUAGCGAAAGUGCUCGAGGAGCGCAAUGUGAGGAACGUUGUGAUUGACCCGGUGAUGGUCGCAACCACAGGCGCAAAGCUCCUACCUUCUGAAGCUCUACGGGAGUUGCGGACACAUAUUCUCCCGCAGGCCACGCUGGUGACGCCCAAUAUCCCGGAGGCGCGACUUCUGCUUGCCGAUGCCGGUCAUGGAGAUAUGCCGCUCGAAACCGUAGCGGACCUAGAGGUGAUAGCAAAGACAGUGCAGAGCCUUGGUUCGCAAUGGGCCCUUGUGAAAGGCGGCCAUGCGCCGUUCCGCAGAGACCAUACCAUUGCUAAGACGGAUGCCGAGCGGGAGAUUGUCGUUGAUAUACUGUAUGGCGAGGGACGCGCCAUACGGAUACAGACCGAAUUCCAGGACUCAAAGAACACGCAUGGCACCGGAUGCUCGCUAGCGUCCGCCAUUGCUUCUAACCUCGCAAAGGGACUGGAUGUUCCAAGUGCCGUGAAGGCUGCUUGCAGAUACGUUGAAGUGGCCAUCAGAACCGCGCCUGGGCUGGGAAAAGGGAAUGGACCGCUAAAUCACUUCCACUCUACUUACACAUUGCCCUUCUCACCGGGUCGAUUUAUAGAAUACCUUCUAGAACGACCGGAUGUCGCCCCUACCUGGGAUCUCUUUGUAAAUCAUCCGUUUGUCCUCGCAAUGGGCAACGGAACGUUGCCACUUGAAUCAUUCAAAGGAUAUCUGAUGCAGGACUAUUUGUAUCUUAUUCACUUUGCCAGGGCAAACGCACUAGCUGCUUAUAAGUCCAAAAACAUGCGCGACAUCGCUGGUGCUGCGAGCAUAGUCACCCACAUCAACACCGAGAUGGGAUUGCAUAUCAAGUAUUGCGAGGGCUUUGGUGUUUCGAAAGAGGAGAUGGUGAAUGUUGAAGAAAACAUGGCCUGCACGGCAUACACGCGAUACGUGCUCGAUAUCGGCAUGUCCGAGGACUGGAUCGGGUUACAGUUGGCUUUGGCGCCAUGUCUACUCGGUUACGGCGUCGUGGCGAGGCAACUUCAUGCGGACGAGAGGUCUGUACGGGGCGAGACAAAUCGCUACUGGACAUGGAUCGAGAACUACGUCGCCGAUGACUAUGUACAAGCAGUGAAGACUGGCUCAGAACUAUUAGAGAGACACGCUGUUCUGCAGUCUCCGAGCAGAAUAGAAGAGUUGGUAAAGAUCUUCAUACAUGCAACCAAGGUAAGCACCAAUCAAUAA